GACAUUUACACAAACUAGACAAUUAUUUGAAAACGUUAGAUCCAAACGAUCGAGCAUACGAUCUUACCGAGGGAAAUGAAGGAGACGAUAGCAUUAAUAAGACAAACUUUCAAUACUUAUCGCCUGUCAGCGCGUAUUCGACAUCGAUUCGCGCGAAACCGUUUGAAUUUAGCGCCGUUUCGGGACGCGAAGAAAUGUCCAUUCAUAGGGCGUUAAACAAAGGAUAAGCGCCAAAAGUAGUAUGUUUUUCGAAGCGCGGCUCGAGAGAGCACGGACAGGCAGGGGUUGCGGGUCUCUUGCAUCAUUGGAAGUGGAAAUAGGUUGAGUAGGAGAGGCGCGUGAAAGGAGGAUAACACCGAGCAUCUCAGGAGCGGGAGGCGAGAGGCGCCGACGACGGAGCCGCGCGACCAAGAGUCCGUUGGACCUAAAGGGAAGGAAAGAGAGGAAAUGUUGGCAGAGCGAGCGAGCAACAUGAGCCAGCAGCAGCAGCAGCCGGCCUCAGAGUUCGUUAUUUUCGUCACCCACGUGGAACCCGACGACGUGUGCCUGAAGAUAUGGGGCCAGAUGGACAAGCAGGCCGCCACCGCCGUAGAGCACUACAUAUACCCGCUGAUAGAGCAGUUCAACCAGGGAUACGGCUGCCCCACCAAGGCCAGCGGGCAGAUCGUCGGCGCGCUGUGCUGCGCCAGGUUUCAGACCGACGGCUACUACCGCGCGAAGAUACUCAGCGUGCGUCCCGACGGCAUGAUCGUCGUGCAGUUCAUCGACUACGGCAACGUGGAGGUCCUGCCGCCGAACGAGAUUCAUCUGUUGGACAGCGUACGCGGCUCGGAUCCUCUCCGGGCCUACCCGGCGAUGGCGGUUGACUUUACGUUGCUCAACGUGCUGCCGGUGAACGGCGUUUGGGAGAACCGCACCAUCGAGGGGAUCAGGAAGAUACUCUGCUACAACGAGUACAGGGUGCUGGCGCAGAUGGUGAACAACCGUUGCCUGAUCAAGCUCUGGUUCAACAACGAGGACUUCAGCGAGCUGCUGGUGAAGGAACGUAUGGCCAUACCGGCCACUGUGCAGGACAUGUUCAGACCGAAGCACACGAUUCAGCAUCGAGUGCUGCAACAGAUACCGUAUCAGCAGUCGAACAAGGGCAAUAUGAACAACUUUGCGGCGAUGCCGAUGCUGCAGAGCCUAAAUGGCAAUCACAAUGUCAAUAUGCAGGGGUUAUACCACAAGACUUACUUGCCUGGUGCGAAUCAACACAAACACGCUGCUCAGCCGAUGCCGCAGCCGCCGCCGCAGCAUCUGCCGCCGCCGCAGCAUCCGCCGCCACCGCAGCAUCCGCCGCCCGUCCAAGAGGCGCUCGUGUUCAAGUCGCGAGUACUGGACGUGGGCUCGAAUCACGAGGUACUUAUAUCGCACGUCGAGGACGGUCCGCAAAAGUUUUCCGUACAGGUCGAGAGCACGAGGCCUGUCCUGACUCGGCUUAUGAACGAGAUAAACAGCCAUUCGAAGCAGCCGCUGCAGGAACCGCCGUUGCCAGGAUCGGUUUGCCUGGGGCGCUACAAGGACGCUGCGGGAGACAAGGUGCUGUGCCGGGCGGUCGUAAUGUCUGUGAUGGAAAACAAAUGUAAACUGUAUUAUGUUGAUUUCGGCCAUACGGAAGUCUUGCCGUAUACGGACAUUUUCCAAUUGCCGCCCGAGUACAUUAAUCCCAAGGUGCUCUCCAUUCGGUUCACGUUAAGCGGCUUGAAGGAGCUCACCAUCUCGCAGGAGAUGAAGGAGUAUUUUAAGGAUCUGGUGAACAGAAGACUGCUCGUCCUACACGUCCGUCCGCCGGAGGGGCCGCCGUUAAUUCAAUACGGCGACCUGUACGACAACGGUGUUAACGUGAAGGACGUGCUGAAAAAAGCGUUACCAGCACCACCCAUAGUGAUACCGAUAACAUAUUCCUACCCGCAAUUGCAACGACUGACGAAAGACUUCCAGGAGGUCGUGCACGUUUCUUACGUGGAGUCGUGUAAAAAGUUCUUCGUGCAACUCGACAGCGGGAUGAAGUCCCUCGAGUCGAUAAUGGCGGGCUUGGCGCAGUACGCCAAGACCGCGUCCACGUUAAAUAUAGCGCAACUGAAAGCGGGACUACCCUGCGCCGCCCUAUACGACUCGCAAUGGUAUCGUGCGCAAAUCCUUGGCAUUGUUGGGGACAAGGUUAAAGUGGUGUACGUUGAUUACGGAAACGAGGAGGUGUUGCCUGUAAUCUCGCUUCGCACCAUUCACGAUGAUCUAGUAAUCAAGUUGCCUGCGCAAGCUGUGAUGUGUGCAUUGAAUGGCUACGAGGUGCUCUCGUUGGAUCAAGACGUCUCCAAUCAUUUUGAAAGAUUGACGCUCGAGAAACGUUUUUACAUGAAAGUAGUUGCCGCACAACCCAAUGGCCUAUUAGUAGAUUUAUUCGAAUUUGACACUAUGAGGAGCGUUCAUCCUCAAUUGUUGAACAAUUUGUUCUGCGAUAAAACCGAAAAUUCGACGACGAGCUCGCGAAACGAAGAAGUUCAGCAGUCUGUAAAGACAAAUGAAUUCCAAAGUGAAGACAAGUAUGUCAAAAAAAGUGUGGAUUCUUGGAAUCGUAACCAGAACGCCAAGCCUUUCCAAAACAACAAAUCAAGUACUUGGUCUCAAGAGAAACAGUAUGAUAAUAGACGUGAGAGAACUGGCGCUUAUGCUUAUCGUGACGGUUCACAGAACGAUCGGUUUAUCAAAGACAAAGCAGCGAACAAUAGAUUUGAUAGAGAAAAAUCGUAUAACAAAUACGACGAAGGUGAAAAUGUAUUUAACAGAAGUAAUAGGGGAACCCCUCGCGACGGUGGAAAUAGAUUUAGUGGCAAUGAUGGUAGAUACAACCGUAACAAUUCGUCUGAUAAAGCAAAUAGUGACAAAGAUUCUGAUACCUCGUCGAGAGGCGAUAGACGAGAGAAAGGUGGUUUCAGACGUAAUGGUUUUAACGAUAGCCGAGGGGGAAACCGCGACGGCGGAGGAUCGGGCAGACUGCAGACUACGAAUUGGGGUGACAAAAAGCCAGCUACGGCUUAUAAGACUAAUUAUAGAAGCGAGAAAUUUAAUGAUAACUACAAUAUCGGCAAUAAAUUCAGAAGCAGAGAAGAUAAUACAGAUGAAGUGUCAUACAAUCUGCCGGUUGAUUCUGAAUCAUGGGGUACGGACGACGCUGACAAAGGGAAACCUCAACAUUUAUUAAUGAGAAUUGACAUCGCUCUCAGUUCCGUAAAGAAUUGCGAGGUGGUAUUUAUUAACAGUCCGUUGGACUUCUUUGUUCAGCUGAGUCCCGAUUGUUUGGAAUUGGAUUCUAUUAUGGAAAGUAUUGCCGCAACUUACGAGAACGGUGGAGAAACGAUGCAAGCUUCCGAGAUACGAAGCGGUACAUAUUGUAUCGCUCAAUAUUCGGAGGACCUCAAAUGGUACAGAGCGAUGAUCAAAUCCGUAGAAGAGAACAGCGCGACUGUGGAAUUUGUCGACUAUGGGAACACAGAGUCGGUCGACUCGAUGAAAAUUAAAGUUAUUUCAGAAGAAUUUCUGAAACUUCCGAUGCAAGCGGUACAUUGCAAACUACUUGGAUUGACAACGUGCGAUGAGGAGGCACAAUCUGCGAUUUUCGUAGAGAAAGCCGAAGGGAAACCACUACAAGUCGAGUUUGUCUCUGAAGAAAACGGAAUAUACGAAGUACUAUUGCGUGAAGUUGUCGAUGAUGUGCCGAACACUAAUUAUAUAAAUGAGGAGUUUUGCACAAUCGCCGAUAUAACAAGAGCGAAGGAAGCUGCAUCGAGUAAAAAAUCAUUUGUAAACCCGACAGAAACUAGUGGAGCUACAGAUUAUGCUCCUUCUGAUUCAAAAUGGCAAACAGCUUUAUACGAGCCUGAAUCUAAACAGGAUGUACUUGUAACAUGGUUUAUAAAUCCUAACAAGUUAUAUUGCCAACUGUUGUCUAAAGAAGCAGAAUUUAAAGCAAUGAUGAGCGAAAUUCAAAAAACAUAUGCCAAUAGAACACCUGUGACAUAUAAAUUAGAGAUUGGCUCAGCAGUCGUAGCUAUAUUUUCUGAAGAUCGAGCUCUUUAUCGAGCGGAAGUUACGAGUAUUGAUACGCUAAAGAAUACAUACGUAGUUCAGUACAUUGAUUUUGGAAAUUGCGCGAUGGUAGAUAUACGUAAUAUUUAUCCCGUCGAGAGGAAAUUCAUGCAGCUGCCGAGAUUGGCAGUGCAGUGUACAUUGAUGGAUGUCGUACCUAAUAAUAAAAACUUGAGUUGGUCCGAAGUAGAUAAUAACGCGCUCGAUAAUUGCUUCAAUGCUGAUAAGUACGAAUGCACAUUCCAUAGUUUUAAUGGCGAUCAGUAUACAAUUUCGUUGAAUCACGAUGGACAAGAUGUUGGUAAUAUGUUGGUGCAACAAAACCUUGCAGUCUUCGCUACGAAAACUUCGGUUGAAACAAUUACAGAAACAUAUGAUUCAGAAGUAAAAGAGCUCAAUGAUGUGGAAAGAGUGGACAUAAGUCUCCUAAGUGGCCAAACUCUCAAAAUGAGAAUUUCUAGUGUAGAAAGUACCACCCAGUUUUAUGUCCAGCUUCCAUCUGCCUCAAAAUGUGAUAGCAUUGUCGAUCAAUACAUGGCUGAUAAAGAUACAAAGGCUUUGGCUCUACCUGGAGAGCUCGCGGUCAUGCAGAACCAAGCGUUAGAAUGCUCCCUACAAAACGUUCCGGCGUCGCCCGACGCAGAUAAACAAUUGAAGGAGCUUGAAAACAAAGAAGUGUUGGUCUACGUGGAAGAAGUCAAUAACAGCAGACUUAUGGUAAAGCUGUACGAUCUACUCGGCAAUGGGAUAAUGAAUGCCGAAGAGAAGAUAUCGCCCGUAUGUCCGAUGCCUGUUCUGAAUUCAACCCACAAGGUCUCUGUGUCGCACAUAGAUCACUCUACCAGUAUCUGGUUGCAACGGUAUUCGGACAUGGAACUCGAGACAAAACUGUCGGAAGAUCUUCAACAGUAUUACGCUAGUUCUGGACAAAGUGUCGAACCGCAGGUGCACCUGUUGUGCGCGACGAAAUAUUUGGACGACGGCCAAUGGUACAGAGGAAGAGUCGUUAGCCUCACCGAAACAACGGCCUACAUAAAUUACAUUGACUACGGCAAUAGCGAGGAAGUCCCUCUGGACUCGAUCAUGGUUUUGGAACCGCAAUUUUACGAACCCCACCAAUUAGCCGUAAACGUAUCGUUAUCCGUGCUUCUCACCGGCACCGAGGCUGAGCAGAAAGACUUGCUGCAAACUCACUUGACAGAUAAAGAUUUCACGGCUAUAUUUUACAACGUGCACAAGAAGUGGGUCGUUGAUCUGAUGGAAAAUGAACAAAAGCUCAGCGAUAGAUUCCGCUCAUUGAAUCUCGUGGAGAUUGAGCAAACUGUAUGUGAACCAGCGUCUCAGAUACAAGAAACUGCAACGCCUGGCAGGUUCGACGUGUGCGUAUCCCACGUGGAUUCUCCAAGUCAGUUCUGGAUACAGCGCGUGGACCAAGUUACGUCUCUCAAUGAAAAACAAGAACAGCUUCAGCUAGAAGUUGCCGAGUUUGUGGCGAUAGACGGUAUACCGGAAGAAGGCACUUUAUGCGUUACCGUUUACUCGAUUGACGAUCUUUGGUACCGCGCAGAGGUAUUGGAUGCGGACGAGGACAUCACGACCGUCCGAUUCAUAGACUACGGCAAUACCGACAUCAUUGACAACAAAGCGGGCAACAUUCGACAGAUGCCAGACGCCUGGCAGAACCUAGAGACAUUUGCGUUCAAGUGCCGCCUCGACGUUAUUCCCGUGGACACGGAGGAUUGGAGCGAGUCGACUUGCGAGAGAUUCAAGAACCUGGCGAUGUCAACGGAGAGCCUUCAGGCUCAGAUAGUGGCGGACACCGUGCCUAAACGCGUGGAGCUGUUCAUAAACGACAAGAGCGUCAGCGAGACGUUGGUCGAGGAGAAGCAUGCUAUUAUAAUUAAUACCGAGCAGGAACCCGUGGACGAGAUAGUCGAUCUCGAACUGGACCCGCAUUCCGCCUUCGUGUGCCACGUCAACUCGCCGAGCGAGUUCUGGGUUCAGGAGGAGAAGUCCGUUGCCGAUCUGGAGGUGAUAGCGGACAGAUUUAUGGUCGCCGACAUGUUCCCGAGGAUCGACAACAUGAAGGAAGGUUUGCUGUGCGUCGCCAAAUAUCCCGAGGACGAACAGUGGUACAGAGCGCGCGUGGUCUCCCACGACAAGGACGGCACGCGAGUGAUAUACAUCGACUACGGAAACUCCGCGGUAUCCACCGAGAUUCGUGCCAUUCCGGAAGACCUGGCGAGCACGCCGCCUCUGUCGCGUAAAUGCUGCCUGGAGCUGCCGGCGCAGGUCGAGAAGUGGUCGGAGCAGGCGCGCGAGGAGUUCGUCCGGCUGGCCGCGGACGGCGCGACAAUUUUCCUCCUGGACGUUCUGAAGGAGCAGGAGACGUCGUUGGUGAAACUCGCGUUGGACGGGCAGAACGUCGCUGACAUUCUCGGCGCCAUGUGCGAGCGAAUCUCGCCGGUUAUCGAGGAGAGAUUGCCGCCGCUCGGCGAGGAGAACUCGCCGAACGUGGUGGUCAGUCACAUUAACAGCCCGAGCGAGUUCUGGAUUCAAACCGAGAGCAGUAUAAGCGAGCUGGAGGUGAUGUCGGAUCGCCUGCGAGACGCGGAGAGCUUCCUCACGUUAAGCAGCCUCGACGCGGGCACGGUCUGCGCCGCUCGUUAUCCCGAGGACGGCUGUUGGUACAGGGCGAGGAUAGUCGCGCGUUGCGACGAGGGCAUGGAGGUCUUGUACAUGGAUUACGGCAAUUCCGCGGUUACGGAGGAACUGAGAGUGCUGCCGGAGGACAUCGUGAAUAUUCCUACGCUGUCGAAGCGAUGCGCGCUGGAGAAACCGAACCACGCCGUUACAUGGAGCGAACAAACUUGCGACAGGUUCAAGGAACUCGCCGCCGAAGGAGCCACGAUGUUCCAGUUCGAGAUCGUCGACGAAAACGACCCGAUGCACGUCCGACUGAGUCUAAACGGGACGAAUGUUAUUGAACUUUUAUCAGAAUGCGAAAACAUUCCAAAAGAAGUAACCGAGAUUAAAGACACUGCUUUCGAUAUGGAAAAACAAGAAACAGUUAUUGAACUUUUAUCAGAAUGCGAAAACAUUCCAAAAGAACAAGUAACCGAGAUUAAAGACAAUGCUUCCGAUAUGGAAAAACAAGAAGCGGUGCUUCACGAGAAUCAAAUAAAUGGCGAAGAGACUUUAAAGUUAAGUAAAGAAGCUGAGCAAGAAUCAGAAUUUAAUCAAACGGAUAAUCUGGUUUGCGUUAAUCAAAUGGAGACGCUGGACAUUAAUGAAGUAGCAUUGAACACGGAAAGCAAUGGAAUUGAAGAUUCUGGUAUAAAUGAGAAAUGUGAAUAUGAAGACCAAGAAUUCGCAAACACCGAAAUCAAAUCAUUGCCCUGUACCAAUAGCGACACUUCUAAAAUUGUGGCUGAAAUUCGAGCCGAAUGUAUCUCAAGUUUGAUGGACGGUAUCAGCACGUCCGAAAUAUCUGCUAUCACGCCAUCUCCUCAACCAUCCUCGUCCAGUGUAACGGAACUCAGCGUUGACGAAAUAAUUGCGAAAAUGAUAAAAAAUGCUACCGACUAUCUAGAAAUCCAUUAUCCAAAUGAGUUAAACGCACACGAGACGCAACAGAGUGUCGUCCAAACCGAAGAGACUGAACAGCAUGGACUGGUUUCUCAAAUGCAAUCUGUAGCUAUAAGUAAAUCUUCGGACACAGAGACUAUAGGAACGCCUCAGGUCCCCAUGCAACUUGAUGCUAAUCGAGUCGCGGAGGAGGGACAAGAGACGUGCGCCAGGAUGGAAUCUGGUGCGAGUGAGUCUUCGAAAUACGAAAUUUCAGAAGUGAUAUCGUGCUUGCCGAAGGAAGAAGUAAAUCUCCAGCAGAUUCAGAGGCAAAGUCCAACGACGAUCGAGACUAUUUCUGAAAGUAUAAACGAUAACGGUUUGGAGGCCCGAUCUGAGAGCACAGAUAUGAGCAACGAUUCUUCCUCGGGAUUAGCUUGCAUGGCGAAAUCGUCGUCCGUAAUUAAGACUGACCCUAUUGAGCGAAGUGGUCACACGGAAAAACCAUCGGACAAGGAUGCACCUGUCUCCGAAGGCGGGCCGGCUAAUCCGGAAACGAGACGCAUCGUGACACCAAAGACAUCGCAUUCGGAGAAAUUCGUGGCCGCUGUCGUGAAUCCCUAUGUACAGUCGGUUCGCGACUGCGAGAACGACGAGGUACUUAGUAUCUCCGUAGAUGACAUUCCUAAAUACAUGGUAUAAUUUUAUAAUACAGCGAAUAGCGUAUUGCAAAUUUAUAUGCACAUAUGCAUUAUGUACGUACAUAUAAACUUACAGUAUAAAAUAUGAAAUUAUAUGUAGUUUCUCCAAAGGAUCACUUUUAUUUGUUUUCCUAUUAUGUUUACGUAGAUAUGCAUACAUCUAUAUAUGUAUAGUUAUAUAUAUAUACAUAUAUAUAGAUAAAAAGAAGGAAUAUAAUCAUACGCGUGUAACAUGUACGAUAAUAGUUGAGUUUUUCUUUUUUUCUUUUUUUCCGUUUUACAAGCGACACAAAUAUGCUGCGUUUCUUAUGAAAUUGCCACGUGCUCAUACACAUUAUGCCAAAAAAUGCAACCAAAGAUUAAUUUACUUGAUCAAUACCCAGCGAGAAAUGGCUCGUCGAUCGAUGUCGAAACGAUGUCGAGUCAUUUCUCACUGGGUAGUUGUAUUGUUUGCGUCGUUGUUACAUUUAAUGCUAAUAAUAUCGUUUACAAUAUUGCUACUCUUAAUGCUCACAUUUCUUUCAAAUUAUCCGAUUAAUUCGAUUUCCAAUUUCUUAUUUCCAGAUUGAGAUACUUUUUGUUUUAGACAAUUUUGUGUAACUGCAAUUAUUCAUUACUCAUGCGGCUGCUCUUUGACAAAUAUGAUAGGCAAACAAAAAUUUUACUUGUUUGACAUACGUACUUGAUAAUCGUUACAUAACGUUUAGGACAAUUUUUAAUGUUAUUCAGAAGCGAAAUGGUGCACACGAAUUAUUUUUUCGUCCCCAACAAAUGCACAUUUCUGAAAGCAAGUAAUGCUGUUAAAAAUAACUACAAAUUGUUACUUUCGCGGCAUAUAAAAUGGUAGUAAUGGUAUGCAUCUUAAAGUUUUUUUAGGCAUUGUCAGAAGUAAAAUGAUUAUCCGAAACGUAAUGUAGGAGAAAGAAAAGCUGCUUUUUGUGUCGUUGCCAUGUUACUAUGUACAUUUUCCAUAUAUGAAACUAUACAUGGUGGAAAUACAUAGGUAUGUAUUUCCACCAUGAAACUAUAUAUCUAUAAUAAAAUAUGAAUUGUGAAUUUAUUUUGAAUCCUAUGCCAUGUAUUAUGUAGUUCCCACGUUUCUUCCUACAAUUCUUUAUUAACAUGUAUAACAUUACGAUUAUAAUAGUUGACAGGCAAAGCUGUAUAAAUUUGUAUUUGUGUAUUCUGCUAAAAUAUAUUUUUCUAAUAAACAUUUCAACAAGU